AUGUUUCUGACGAGCCGCGCUGGAGAACGUGGAGAAGAAAAGCUAGGCCAAAUAAGGGGGUAUAUGUUCCGCAGUAUCAACUGGAGACAUUCACCCAGUCCACCAGCAUUUUCAGCCAAUGUUGCAGAAGGAAUAGAGCGAAAUGCCGCAGGCUGCAUAAACCUCAUAAAGGUGAGUAAGCCAGGCUCCAGAUACAAUAAAAAGCCUUCCGCCAUCCCAUCCUCAAUAAGAGGUCCAGACGAGACCUCGACCAUCCUGAUUGACGAUGUUGACUUAUCAACACGACAGGCUUCCCGUCGACAAAGUGACCGGCAUGAACACACCAGAACGCUCGAAGGCCAAAAUUAUGGAGACAAACCAAGGGCGAGGAUGAAAGCCUUUUCGGGUCCGUUUUGGUGUUUCAAUCAAAAGAAGCUGCAAGAAGUUCUGCUUAUUGAAAAGUUGUGGUUUCCGCUUUUGGGGUUCAAUAAGGGCCACCCGCGCUAG